AUGGUAGCGAUUGGAAGUGGCGUUGGAAGCAUCAUGCCAUGGAAAGCCGACAUGACCUGCUACGACAUUGAGGUCUUGUCACUGAUCCAUCACAGCCAUAUCACCGUGGGGCUCUCGUGUGCGCAACUGGGUGCCGCACGCCAGGGCGCAACGCACCCAUCCAAGCUCCCAAGCGAACGGCGCCCAUGGCACACCACUGAUGCACGGCAUCUGCGCUUCUCCACCGCUCGGUUGAUGCUUCGUUUCGCGCGGUUGACGCCGGGUGCGCGGCUCCUGGACUUCUGCGGUGGCUCUGGGACCAUUGCCCUGGAAGCGGCCUGUGAGUUCCGCGACCUCCACGUGGUCUCCGCGGACAAGAGUGGGAAAGCCUGCAGAUUGGCAGAGGCAAACUUGGCAGUGGCUAGAGCUGAACAUCUUCUGGCAGAGGGUUCUCAAGUGAAGAUCGUGAGAAAGAGUAUUGAGGAGUGGAGAAGGCAUCGCUUUGAGAGUUCUAGCCAUGCCUUUGACCUCGUGAUCUCCGAGCUGCCUUUUGGCGUGAGUCUUCGCAGAGUCGACUCGAGUCUCCUCAUCCAAGCUUUGAAUGCAGUCUUGCACCCGGAAGGGUGCGCAGCUUUGAUUUGCCCACAAGAGCAGGCAGCUGAGCUUCAGAAUGCCCUCACCGAGCAGCACUGGAAAGUACAUCAGUGUGAGGGCAACGUGGGAGGCGUUCCAGUGCAGUUCCUCUAUGCUGAGCGAAGCAGUUGA